AUGGCGGCCGGGCGGCUCCGCGGCGCCCUGCGGCUGGGCGCGCGGCAGCGGCUGCGAGCCGCGGCGGCCCCGCCCGGCAGGUGUGCGGCGCUGUGCGGUGUCCGGCUCAGCCAGUUGCCCCGGCCAGUGAGCGGUGCCGAGUGGAAGCCCCGGGCCCAGCCCAGCCGGACCUUCCUCAACCUCACAGGGCCCUUCAGCAACAAGAGGAAGGAAUACUCGGAGCGGCGCAUCAUCGGGUACUCCAUGCAGGAAAUGUACGACGUGGUCGCCAACGUGGAGGACUACAAGAACUUCGUGCCCUGGUGCAAGAAGUCGGUGGUGGUCUCCAAGCGGACAGGUCACGUCAAGGCCCAGCUGGAGGUGGGCUUCCCGCCGGUGCUGGAGCGCUACACCUCCAUCGUCACUCUCGUGCGGCCCCACCUCGUCAAGGCCGUCUGCACUGACGGGCGCCUCUUCAACCACCUGGAGACGAGCUGGCGCUUCAGCCCAGGCAUCCCCGGCUACCCCCGCACCAGCACCGUGGAUUUCUCGAUCUCCUUCGAGUUCCGCUCCCUGCUGCACUCCCAGCUGGCCACCGUCUUCUUCGAUGAAGUAGUCAAGCAGAUGGUGGCAGCUUUCGAGCGUCGGGCCGCCAAGAACUUCGGCCCUGAGACCCGCAUCCCCCGGGAGCUCAUGUUCCACGAGAUCCACCAGACGUGAGGGCAGCUGGGCCACUGCGGACUGUGCCUGGGCCGGGGGCCGCCUGCCCUGCCCACCUUCUUAAAUAUUUAUUUGAGUGCGUCUCUGCUGCCGUUGCCUCAACUUCCCUCCUGGCCCCAGGAGCAAGAGGUGAUGCUCCCGCAAGCACGGGGACUGCUGCAGGCCCCCAGCCCCAUCUCAUGCCGCCGGAGCCGUGGCCCAGCGCUGGGCUCCCUGAUUUUGUAGCUGAUUUUAAAUUUUUAUUUUAUUUCUUGGGAGCUCGCUUCCCCCCUCCCUUGUUGCUUUUUAAGUCCCCUCCUCGGCAAAGGCCAGAGGGCCCGAGCUCUGGGGCCUUCCUGCUGCAGCAGCAGGGGAAGCUCCUGGGCCAGCUGCGCCUGGGCUCUGCCCUCCGGACUCCGGGAGAGGAGGAAGAGGAGGAGGCAGGAGCCAGAUCCUGCCAGGGGAAGGUGCAAGAGGGAGGCAGGGAAGGGGGGGCACCCAGGGCAAGCAGGGGCCUGGCUGCCAGGGUGCCCCCCAGCCCUUUUAGGAACAAAAGGGAAGGAGAAGCAUGCAGAGAGAGAGGAAAUAGAGGCUGGAGCAGAGCUGCUGCCUGGCCCCUGGUCAGGCUCCCAGAACGGCCUCCCUGAGGGGCACCGUCGCGGCAGGGCACAGGGACGCACCAGCGGGAGCCACGUUUCCCGCGCCCCCCCCCCCCCCCCCCGUGCCCGUGGCAGCGCCUGCCCUGCCGCUGUUGCACAGUUUGCACAAGUCACACGCACAGCAGGGGACGGGGAGGGUCGCUCCGCCCCGUCCCCCACCACCCCCAGCCCCCACCGCAGGCAGAGGUGCCUGGGGCUGCUCCUGGGGCAGCGCCGGCACUGCAGGGAUCAGGACCGGCCUCGGCCAUGCCCUGGGCGCUGCCUGCACCUGAGCUGUCCCAGCAGGCCCUGGCCCCCCCCCCCCAGCCCCAUCCGGCUGCCCCCCCCCCCCAAUCAUCCCUGAGUCAUGCAUCCCUCAAGCAUGUCUUCCCUUAUCUUCUGCAGGAGAUGGGGGGGGGGCUCCAGCUCCACCAGGCUAAGAAACUCCCCAGAAGAGGGGGGGGGGGGGGGGGGCUCCUUCAGCUCACAGCUCCCCCUCCCCCCCCCCCGUUUUGUCCCUGUCACUGAGGGCAUCUAGGCCUUGGACGUUCAUAGGCCAAUAAAGAGCAGUUUCCAAGGGUGAGCGCAGCCUCCUGGUCCUCGUUUGGGGGGGGUGGGGAAGGGGGUUGGGUGGGGAGCAGGGAGAAGUUGGACUACAUGCUGAGCCCCCCCCCCCCCCCCCCGGCCCUCCCACAGCCAGGCCCCCACCCUGGUACCUGUGUCCUGAUGCCACCAGCCCUUCGCCGGCCCCAGCAGAGACAAACCAAGGCCCAGGGCUGCACAGUGAGUCUGCACAGUGAGUCGGGGGGAUGCAGCCCUCCAACCCCCCCCCCCCCUCGCAGGAGCAGAGCCAGGCCCAGGGGUCUGGGCCCAUCCUGCCCUCCCUGGGCCCCUGCACCCAACAGCGGGCAGGGAGGCAGGAGCUGAGUUUGUUAAUAAAAACAUUUAUUUUGCA